GUAUGUAAAUGUAUAAUGCAGGUUAAUGCAGUUGUCAACAUGGCGGAAGGUAGUGUACUCGUUACUAUUUCUGGUCCAGCACUUUCUCUACUUUUGUACGAAAAUGCUCGAAGUACUGGUGAUCAGAUAGGACUUCUUCUUGGCAAUGUAUUUACUUUUGUUAUUAAAAAAGUGACAGACUGUGAAAGACAAGUGGAACGUACUGAGCAUCACAUCAAUAUUGAUACAAUUACGGUUUGUUCGAAAGAUGUUAUUAAAGAUGGAAUCGGACGAAUCAGUCCUGAGAAAUUGGAAGCCUUCAUAAAAAAUAAGGAGAAACGUGUUGUUGGAUGGUUUCGAUUUCGACGUCACAAUUUCUUACAACCAACGAUGAAAGAUAAAAUAUUACACAAAGAGCUUGCAACACAUUUUUGGAAUUUAACACGUUCUUGUGAAGAACAUUUUAUAAUGUUUCUUUUAAAUGCUUCCACAACGAAGCAUUUAGGUACACAUAAAUUUAGACACGUUUGUCUUCAAUAUUGUCGUGAUUCAUAUCGUCCAGUUCCAGUGAGAAUAAUUAAUUUAGGUGAUGAUGUCGCGUGUCUCGAUGGAUCUGAUUAUAAAUCUGUGCCAGUUAGAAGGUUCAAAGAGACUGAUUGUUUUACAAAACUCGUCGAAGAUCUAAAAUUAAAUCCAAGCAAUACAUCGAGUGUCGAUAUGGUGACAACUAUUGAAAAACAAGCUGAGGAUUAUUUACAUGAAAUGAUAACGAAAGUUUGUCAAUCUGAUGAGGAAAUUUCUAGAUUAGAGGAACAAAUUAAUGAUGUGCGAGCUAAACUUUUGAAAAGUAAUUGGAAAAAUAAUUGUACACGAAUGGAAAAAGCAUCUGAACUACAACACAGUAUAGAAAGUGAAAAAAUAUUAACCACAGCUCAAGUUCAUGGUUCACCGCGAUCCACACACUCGGAUGAUUUAUUUGAUUCUAAUUCUCCAUCUCAUGUGCCAUUCUCAAAUUUACACACCCUUAAAAUAACAAGUCUGGAACGAACAAAACAAUCGAUUGUUUCAAAGGAGAAUCGAAAUCAUUCGAGUACAGAUUUAAGUUACAGUGAUGUAACACGAGCCGAUAGUUCACCAGAGAGUACAAGAAGUAGAGAAAGAGGAUUAAAAUCAAUGAAUAAAAGUAGUUUAGAUGAAAAAUUUACAACGUCAAAGAGACAAACGAGUUCUCCUAAAAAUACAGGUAAAAAAACUGAACGUCAUUCUAUUGGCGAUUUUGGUGGUCACAGUCAAGAAGAGAGUUUCACUGUUGGAAAUAGAGAUCAAAUGCCUUGACGAAUAAGUUAUUCAGAAAAUUAAUCAUAAGUUUAUAAGUGUUGCUAUUUGCCAUUCCAAGAUUAUGUUUUUUUAUUUUUUAAAGAAAAGAAAACUAUUUUGUUUUUUAAUUUCGAUUUUUUUUUUCUUACAUUCAUAUAUUCUCAGUUAAUUCACUAAAAACGCCAUUGUAAAUACUUCAGCAUUUUGAAAGUUUAUAAUGAAUAGUUCCUAAUAAUUAAUUGUUUUAGUUUUUUCAUCGACAAUAGUCGAUAUUUUCAAAAGAGAGAAGAGAGAGAAAAUAAAUAAAGUUUAAUUAUUUUUCAAAGAAAAAAAAAAAAGUAGAAUUUGAAAGAGAGAAUAGAUAAAUUCGUGAAAUUUAGUAGUGUUAUCUAAAUAUUGUUAAUGAGCUAAUAAUAGGAACUUUGCCUUGACUCCUAAGUGCAAAAAAAGAUUGAUUUUAUUUUAGCUGCAUAUUCACAGAAUUAUUAUCGCUAUCCUAUAACAUAUAUUCUGAAAGAACUUUGAAAAAAAAAAAAAACUUUACGAAUAGUUGCUCUCUGUACUUAAACGUUUAUACUUGCAAAAAAAGCGAUACUUAAAAAGUUAUCGCCAAGUACUUGCAGGAUCAACUUUUACUAAAAAAAAAAGAAACAAAAAAAAAAUUCUAGCAUAAGAGUAAAUGAUAUUUUAUUACUUAAAAGAGUCUGAUAUUCUAAGACUUCACAAUACACCAAAGAAAAAUGUAGCCACGACGCAUGUUUCUUGAAAUAUUUCUCUUAAAAGUCAAUUAAACAAAAAAACAUUUAA